AUGCGACUUAUACAAUUCAAUAGUGGUCUUCGUGUAGUAUUAAGAGAUGUUCAACAAGAACAAACAGAACAAUCACCAAGAUAUUAUCUUGCACCACCAUUAGCAGCACCACCACCACCACCACCAUCUGUACAUUAUUCAUCAAAUUCUUCUAUAGCUACAACAAGUUCAUCUAUUAAAUCAAAUACUUCUAUUAGUACAAAUCAUGAAUAUUAUACUUAUCGACAAUACUUACCAUCAUCACAUUCAACAGUUUAUUCUCAAUGUAAUCAAAUAAAAACACCUUCUGUAGUUAAUGCAAUACCAUCAUCAACGAUUAUUGUUGAGAAUCGACGAGACAAAAGUGACUCGGGCCAUGUCAAUAUUCGUGAUGAUGAUGAAGGUCAUUUGAUUUAUGUUCCAGGUGAUAUUCUACAUCGUCAAUAUGAAAUUCGUCGAACACUUGGAGAAGGUACUUUUGGUAAAGUUGUCGAAGUUCGUGAUCUUCGUGGUGAUGGUAAUACACGUAUAGCAUUAAAAAUAAUAAAGAAUGUUGAUAAAUAUCGUGAAGCGGCCCGGUUAGAAAUUAAUGUACUUAAAACAAUCAAAGAAAAAGAUCCCGAUAGUGUUAAUUUAUGUGUAUCAUUACUUGAUUCAUUUGAUUAUUAUGGUCAUAUGUGUAUUGGUUUUGAUAUGUUAGGUUUAAGUGUGUUUGACUUUUUAAAAGAAAAUAAUUAUAUUCCAUAUCCGAUCGAUCAAGUUCGUCAUAUUUCAUAUCAAUUAUGCCUUGCUGUCAAAUUUCUUCAUGAAAUUGCUUUGACACAUACAGACUUAAAGCCUGAAAAUAUUCUUUUUGUCGAUUCGGAUUACAAUGUUGUUUAUAACCAUCGAAAGAGAAGAGAUGAACGUAUUGUACGUCGAACAGACAUAAAAGUAAUUGAUUUUGGUUCUGCAACGUUUGAUUGGGAACAUCAUUCAACAAUUGUUUCAACUCGACAUUAUCGUGCACCAGAAGUUAUACUUGAAUUAGGAUGGUCUCAACCGUGUGAUGUUUGGAGUGUUGGAUGUAUUCUAUUUGAACUUUAUCUCGGUUUUACUCUUUUUCAAACUCAUGAUAAUAAAGAGCAUUUAGCUAUGAUGGAACGUAUACUCGGUCCAAUUCCAUAUCGAAUGGCCAAACAAUCAAAAAAAACAAAAUAUUUCUAUCAUGGUCGAUUAGAUUGGGAUGAACGUAGUUCAGCUGGUCGUUAUGUACGCGAUAAUUGUAAACCAAUAAGACGUUAUAUGAUGAGUGAUGAACAAGAUCAUCAACAAUUAUUUGAAUUAAUUGAAAAAAUGCUUGAAUAUGAUCCAAAGCGACGAAUUACAUUAAUUGAGGCUCUUCGACAUCCGUUUUUUGAACGUCUUUUACCCGAACAACGUAUUAAUGAUGUUCCUUCAAACGCAAAUACAUCUGCCAAUUCUUGA